AUGCCAAAUAUUACCAUGAAUUUUGGUGUAUUAGGUCAACCAAUUGAUAAACGUCAAUAUGGAGGCAAUAAAUUGAAAUUUAUUGUUAUAUACAGAGAAAGUAUUCAAAGACAUCCUUUAUUCGGUCAAUUCAAGCCCCAUGUAGUUGAAAAGGCGAUUAGUUUUUGGGAAAAAACAUUAAGUGUCAGAAAACCACCAAAUAGGAAAUUGCUAAUUAAUAGAGGGUGUACACAACCAGUCUACUAUACAGAUGGUAAAACAGGUAAAAAAUUCUGUCAAUCAGAAUGUAAACGACAAGCUCUGUGCUAUGAACAUCCAGUUCCAGAUGAUUAUGCUACAGGAUGUGCUGUAGGAACUGGUGGUAACGACAUACGAGAUGUUUACAAAGAUGGUCCAGGAUUCGCACCAAAUGAAUAUGUGCUGUUUGUAGAAAGUGAGAACAAGAAAAGUUGUACAUCCGGUUCAACAUUAGCUUAUGCUGGUCCUUGUGAAAUGCAUCCCACGACUGAUAGACCAAUAAUGGGAUCGAUUAAUUUCUGUCCACAAAAAAUGGAUAUCCAAGAGCCUGGGAAAACAAUGUUGAUUGGUACAGCUAUUCAUGAAUUGGGACAUGCUCUGGGAUUUGGACAAGGAAAUUACGCAUUCAUGCGUGAUCUCAAUGGUAAACCAAGAACACCAAGAGAUCCUACAUCAGGCAGACCACCAAUGAAUAAAGGACAAUAUCAGCCAAGUGAAAAUACAGUCAGAAUUAUUAACCGUCCAUGGGUUACAGCUGCUGGACAAUUUUCCAAACCGUUCUUAUCGUUUGUUACACCAGCCAUACUUGAAGAAGCACGCAAACACUUCAACUGUCCUAAUUUGGAUGGAGUUGACAUAGAAAAUGAAGGUGGAGCAGGAACAGUUGGUUCACACUUUGAAAAGAGAGUGGUUGGUGAUGAAACAAUGGCUGGUGUUACAGGAGUGAAAACUGUACUUUCAAGGCUUACAUUGGCAUUUUUCACAGACUCUGGAGGAAAAAGUACAGAACCGUACUGUGAUGAGAAGGAUUCUUUAAAAUGCUACCAUCAGAAAGCUUUUGGGAUUUGUGCUAUUGUACAAUUCGCUCAGCGCUUACCACCAGAAGAACAGUAUUUCAAAAAUCCUGCUGAAGGAGGGAUGAGUACAUUAACAGAUAGGUGUCCUAUGAUUCAGCCUAUGGGGAAAUUCUUCAAUGAACCACUUAUGACAUAUUGUGAUCAUCAAUUAAACAUUCCUGUUGCUCAAAGAGGAAAUAUGUUUGCUCAAGAUUUUGGAAAUAAUUCAAUGUGUAUUGUUCAUAAAGGAGCAUGGAGAGCUGAAAUGAAUGGGAGAGCAUCACAGGAUCCUCGAGUGAAAGCAACUUGCCAUCAGUAUUCAUGUUCUGGUGGUGUUCAAGUAAUUAUUAAUGGCCAAGCAUUCCCGUGUAAUUCAGGAGUAGCCAAAAUUAAAACUAAGCAAAUUGAAGGAGAAAUAAUCUGCCCUGAUGCUAACAUGGUUUGCAGAAAUAGGCGCAGAUCAAUUGAAUAA